AUGUCUGUUAUCACAGAUUCCUACGACCUUGAAAAGGAGUAUUCUCCAAGCAGAUGGUCAACCAGGUUUUCCACUGCGCAGGAAGUGCUGCAACAUCAUGUCCAGUUUGUCACUGAAGCCAGCGACAAAGCCACCAAUAACGUCCCACAUAAAUUGGAAAUCGAAUAUGGUUCUACUCCCGGACAAAAGUUAGAUAUCUUGGGUACGGAUUUACCAGAUGAUUCUCCAAUCCUGGUAUACGUCCACGGAGGUUACUGGCAGGAGCUAUCGCGGGAGAUAUCUCGGUACCCUGUGGUGCCGCUUUACCGCUCUCGGAUCAAGACAAUUGUGGUUGGGUACGAUCUAUGCCCUUCCUUUACGCUUCCAGAAAUAGUGCAACAGAUUGAAAAUGCCGCAAGAUUCAUUUUCGAGUACGCCGAGAAGAUGGGAUCAAGAGGCGUGUACUUUGCGGGUCACUCAGCCGGCGCUCACUUAGUGGCAAAGCUGUUAAGCAACGUCGAUUUCUUCGAGGACAAUCCAGGAUCGCAUCGGUUACAAGGAGCUUUCCUUAUCUCGGGUAUAUACGAUUUACGGGAGUUAGUCCAUACAUCUGUCAAUGACGCUGUACAACUCCCACAUGAGUGGGCAAUACCACUGUCGCCAUUGUUCGAUUGCUAUACUCAUUUGCAGGCAAGAAGAGUAAGAGUGUACAUUCUAGCCGCACAAAACGACAGCCCGGCGUUCAAAAAACAGUCUAGAGAGUUCUACGAACUCCUCCACAACACGUGUCUUAUGCAGAAUAUGUAUUUGGAAAUAAAAGACGAUUUAGAUCACUUUGAUAUUGUCGAAUGUCUCGCUGAAGACGACAAUUAUCUUAAGAAUCUGAUGGUUCACGACGUACGAAAGCAUUUGUAA